CAAUUUUUAAAUUUUAGUAAUGGUACAUAUUAUGUAAGGGUUCUAUUUCUUGUACAACAUGGCGAUGCUUGUUCAUUCAAACUCAGCCUGUAUAGUGUAUUGAGCGCUAUUAACUUGUGGACAUCCUAGAGGUGUUUGGAAAGCACUUCGUAUACAGCUUCCCCAGUCAAGGUGUAAUGAGUAGUGCCGCUGUUGUUGCCAUGGCGACCGUGCCAGGUCGCGAAGAUGCACUCAACACACCUAACACCGGAUGUCAGACCACGGAGUCGGUACCAGUGCAUACUGCUUUAACGCUGGCACAGAUGUAUCCUGUUAGUGUACGAAAGCCUAAAGCAGCAACUGCAUCGACGACAAAGCAGAAACAAUCGAAGGGCAACAAGAAAGUCAAUGUCGCCUCGCACGAUAAGGAAGGCCAGAAACUGACUGGAAAGCAGAGAAGAAAACUGAGAAUCGAGGCUAAGAGGAUGGAUCGGGCCGAUGCAAAGGGUUUCGACAUAGGGAGAAUAAAUUCGCAGAUCAUUGACUUCGUGGAGUCGAAGGGCGACCUCCACGCCUUCGAUCCUAUGGCGUCGUCUGCUCAAAAAUUGGUCUGUAAGCUGGCUAGAAUGUACCGGCUCGACGUGUCGAUUUGUGGGAGCAACAAGAAACGGAUUGUCAUGGUGCGAUAUACGACGCGUACAAGCCUUCCUGGUGACGACGGCCCAUUUGCGCAGAGAGAUAUCGAAGAACUGAUUGGUCGGCAUAUCACUGCCCCAUCACACGCCGAGGUGUGUCGCCGUCAGAAUGCAGACCUUGUCACCUCCCGACAGAAUCGCAAGGCUAAGGAGAAGUCGCGCAGAGCCAAGCGCAGCCAGGGCACACACAACGUUGCGCGCGAGGCGGGUGAAGGGGUGGCUACCAUACGCACAGGACUGUCGGCAUUCGUAUCCGGUGGUGUGCUCGGGCCUGACGGCGAAUACCGGGACCGAAACCGGGACAGCCAAGCGGAUAGUGGUACUGGGCUGGACGGCGAGUAUCGGGAUAGUGUUGGUGGUAGUGAUAGCAAUAGUGAUAGUGAUGAUGAUAGGGACAAUGACAGCGAAAGUGGCUCGAUAGGUAGUGGUAUAGGAAGCCUGGGUGCGGCAUCUAGCCGCACUGAUGAGGAAAUAAGCGGCGAUGAUGAGGAAAUAAGCGGCGAUGAUGAGGAAAUAAGCGGUAAUGAUGAGAAAAUAGGAGGCAAGGAUGAGGAAAUAAGAAAAGUGAGUGUGCGAAUGAGUGGUAGAAGGGGCAACGGAACAAAUGGGAGUAAGGGUGUGGGUGCGGAGGAGAUUUAUGGGAGGAUGAGCCCCAUGGCAUUAGGGGUUGUGGACACGGAAGGAGUUUCGAGCAGCUCAGAGGAAGAAGUAAAGAAUGCUGUGCGUUCUGAUAUUCACACAACUGGUGACGAAAUAAGUGAGACCAGUGAUAUUAUACGCAAGAAUGGUGACGGGAUAAGCGAGCCCAGUAAUGGAUUAAGCAAGACUGGUGACGGUAUAACGGACACCGACACCGACCGAAUAGCCGAGGAUGGUAUGGACAGGAUGAGGAGUCUUGGUGAACAUAUAUGCAGGUGUGACGAGAUCGAUACUCAGCUACACACCUACACCGCUGUAGGUGUAGCACACACGUGUAGAGAUGUAGAGACACGUAUUAGCAUCGAAGUAGAUACACAUACACAUAAACAUACACAUGCGCAUGUGGCCACCCGGAAAGCCAGGAGAGAGCAGCACCGCGGGGACCGUGCACGCACAGGCGUUUCGACCGCCGUCCAGGCACGUACAAACACGCCUAGUUUAGAUACCGAACUGCAUAUGAGUAUGUAUACAGCAGCCAUAGACACCCACACACACACCACACUCGUACGCACGAGCGUGAGAACUGCGCCUACAGAACCCCACAGCAGCGCCAGCUCAACGGCCGGAGACUCCAGUAUAAGCGCGAAGAGCGCGACACACGCGUCUGGGGUGGGCACGUUCGAGCAACACACGCGGGGCAUUGGAUCGAAGUUGAUGGGACGCAUGGGCUAUGUGAGUGGGGAGGGUCUAGGACCACGCCACACAGGCAUCCGCGUACCCAUACUAGCGGCCUUUAGGCCCAAAAAUAUAGGGCUGGGGGCCAAAUUGGUGAAGAAGUCGACGUGAAUGCGUCUCGUAGUGUCAGUUGGGGUUCUGUAUUUAAAUCAACCUUCCUGUGUAGUAACUGUUCCUUGGACGAUUUCAUACGUGAUAUGUAGCCACGACAUUUCGCUGUUUAAAAUACCGCCGCAGGUUAAGAUGUGGUCUGUGUUGGGAUGGGUGUAUAGGGGGUUCUUUUCAGUGUACUUUGCCUUAUUUUAGUAUUAAGCUGUGCUGUGAUAUGCGCAUUGUCAUCUAUUAUGAUAUUGUCCGGAACAUCAGCAGCUGCAUCCACCACACCCAAAGCACAUCCUGUUGCCAUUUAUAAUAGUUUUUGCC